CAAGCUCGUCAAGGCUCGGGCAUAAAUAGCAUACAUCGGCGGAAAACAACGUCACAUGAUAGCGAUCCCCUUUAAUAAAAGGUCCCGCGACGAGGUCUGAUCGACGGAUCAACUAACACAAACGUUCAUAGUAUCGUACGGAUAAAUCAUUUCGUCAGCUAGUUUUAAGCGACCAGUCUGAUAGUAAGCGACGAAUCAUCAAACCAUUUACUCAUUUCAUCCUCGUGCUGUCCUUAGUUUUGCAUGCAAAAACACACUUGUAAGCACUGUGAUCCUUCUUUUUUUCUCACAAAUCCAGGUUUUACUGAUCAACCCUAGCCUUAAUGCCAAUCUUACAUUGUGCCAAAUGAGUUGAUUACCUUACUGUCGUAGCUGUGUUUAUUUCCUGCUGGCAAUUCACUUAUAAACGAAGAUUUAAUUCACGAUCUAAGAAGUCUUUAUUAUUCACAAUGCUGACGAUUCUAUUGAUAUCAGCGGUACUUUUACCCUCGGGCGUAUCCCUCGUUAGCUCGAGCGUUCUCGUCGCAGACCUGGCGAUGACUCGCAUGGUAGAGCUGAAUGCCGGCGCACCCUUCUGUGCACUUUAUCACGAUCGAGGAGUUAUUCAGCGCAUGGUCUUGGGCUCAGACCCAAAAAAAGUCCGCCAAAUCUCCAAUAAUCUUGUUGCUGACCUUGAGGAAACGUGCAAGGCCUCCCGCAGCAAAGGAAAGAAUCAAGCACCAGGUGGCGGUAUCAUGUAUCCAGGAACGAAGUGGUGUGGUCCAGGUAAUCGAGCUAAAUCUUACGAUGACCUUGGUGACCACGCAGCGGAGGAUGCCUGUUGUCGGGAGCACGAUCACUGUCCGGAGACGAUACCGGCUCACAAAUGUCUCCAUGGGAUUUGCAACACCUCACCGUUUACGCGCUCGCAUUGUGACUGUGAUGCUAAAUUUCGCAGAUGUCUGCAGACUAUUAAUACCGAAGUAGCUAAUACUUUAGGUGCCUUAUUUUUCAAUGUCAUACAAGUAACCUGCUUCAAGGAGAGACGCCCCUGUUCUCAAUGGCAGAGAAAUGGAUAUGCUGAGGCUGAGUGGGCUCGAUUAUGUUCCCAGUACAAAUUUCAACCGAGCGAUAAAUAUGUGCCAUUGAUGCCACUCAAUUUGUAACUGAGCUCGAAAUUGAAGGCAGAUUGUAAAAAGAAAAUCAUGACAUUUUCUUUCGAUA